AAUGCUGGAGGAUCUGAAAUCUCUCUGCGAGCACGCUGGCUGCUAAAAAGAUCAGUGGGAGAAAGAAAAGUGAAGCCGCAACAGGAACAUAUUAAAACAAUAGAGACAGAGAUAGAGCUGGAUAUUAUUGAUUAUUACCAGUUUACUUCAUUGAAGGUUGUGUUGUGGCAGGACAUUCCCUGGCUAUAGGGCACGAGCUGCCAUGCCAUUUGGUUGUCUGACACUCGGGCAGAAGAAGGAUUACAACAAUCCUUCAGAUGUGGCUGACAAAUAUGACCUUGGAAAUGUUGUUAAAUCAGAGGAGUUUUGUGAGAUAUUCCGGGCGAAGGAUAGGAACACCUUGAAAAUGUACACCUGUAAAAAGUUCCACAAAAAGGACGGAAGGAAAGUGAGGAAAGCUGCCAAGAAUGAGAUAAUGAUCUUAAAGAUGGUAAAACAUCACAACAUCCUCCAGCUGGUUGACGCUUUUGAAACGAAGAAAGAGUACUUCAUUUUUCUGGAGCUCGCUACAGGCAGAGAGGUAUUUGACUGGAUCUUAGAUCAAGGAUACUACUCUGAGAGGGACACCAGCAAUGUUAUGAGGCAGGUGUUGGAAGCUGUAGCUUACCUGCACUCUCUGAAAAUUGUCCACAGAAAUCUUAAGCUGGAGAACUUGGUGUACUUUAAUCGUUUGAAGCACUCCAAAAUUGUUAUCAGUGAUUUCCAGCUGGCGAAACUGGAAAAUGGACUCAUUAAGGACCCAUGUGGGACUCCAGAAUAUCUUGCUCCUGAGGUGGUCGCGAGGCAGAGAUAUGGGAGACCUGUGGACUGUUGGGCCAUAGGUGUCACCAUGUAUAUACUUUUGUCUGGAAACCCUCCUUUCUAUGACGACGCUGAUGAAGAUGAUGAUCGCGAUAAGAAUCUUUUCCUAAAGAUUUUGUCAGGGGACUACGAAUUUGAUUCACCAUAUUGGGAUGACAUUUCAGAUUCUGCCAAAAACUUAGUGGCAUCUUUGAUGGAAGUGGACCAAGAUCAGCGAUUAACUGCACAGGAAGCUAUUGCCCAUGAAUGGAUUUCUGGAAAUGCUGCCUCAGACAAGAACAUCAAGGACGGCGUUUGUGCUCAAAUAGAAAAGAACUUUGCCAAAGCCAAGUGGAAGAAAGCUGUUAGAGUGACCACCCUCAUGAAGAGACUUCGAGCGAAUGAUCAGGGGGAAUCUGGGGCCUCCGGUCUCGCUGAAGGGGCUGCAGCUGACCCCAACACGCCCAGCGGCGGCGCUCCUGCUCCUCCAGCUGGCAGCGGCGAUGGUGUUGCUGCCAGCAUAAAGGCUGCCCUUAGUGAAAAGGCUCCUGACACACAGACUGCCACCGUCACUGCACUCUCCCUGCCCAGUGCAGCCAGACAGGAGGAGCAGCCACAGUCGCGGUGCAACGGCGAUGUUCCCCAAAUGUUACCACAAAGAAAGGGAGACUAGGCGUCAAACAAAUACAAGAAGAGGACCCUCGCCAUCCAACAAGCACAUGUGCAGUAGAGCCAAUACAUUUGGCAUGAUGAUACCAUGUCUAUGCUGUUCGACUUCCUUCCCCCAGUUUGCAGAGUUAUUUCACAACACCAUGCAUUUCAUCAUUUUGCCUUCUGUAGUGAUUAGUCUAUUGAAUAGUGUUCUCCACUCUCGUUAUUUUGUGUACAAGUCCCUUUAAAGCUAGUUGCAAAGUAGCUCUUCUGUUGUUUCCUUUUCCUUGAAAACUGUAAAAAGUCACAGUGUAAUUUAGUGAAAUCAGCUCAUAUUUAUUCAUCAUCUCAUUGUAUAUAGGUGUAUUUGUCUGUUUCAACAAACUGCUAGUUUUCAGCUUCAGAACUUACGAUCUUGAGUUCAUGUCUUGUGACUUAAAAUUAUGAGUUGAAAGAUUUGGUUGAUUGAUCAUAUCAAGAAUUGAAGAUACGUUAAUUUACUAAAAUACUUUCCUGCAUGCAUAUUUGAGUUAGCUCUUCAGAAACCAUGCCUCUAUUUGGGAUGCAUUUAGUUAUUGUUAGUUAUUACGUAACAAUCAGAUACAAUAAUCAAUUAGUGGAUUCAACGUAACAACCAGACUAGACAUCUGCUGGUUUAUCUUCAGUGCAACUUCGGUCAACUUACAAUUUUAAGGCAGCAAGAAAGCAUAUUUUUAAGUUGAAGUGCCUUAAUAUUUGUUGCAGUAACGUACUGAAAUGUUUCAAAAGAAACAACUUGAUUAUAAUUACUUGCUGAUUUCUUUGAAAUGUUUUAGCUGUUUUCAUUUGCCCUUCUGUUUAGUUUUAUGCUGCUGUAUUGAUACUUGUGUUCUGUCCACUUUCACACACACACAAUUAAAACAUAGAAAACUAAAUUUAGAGCGUUUAUGUGGAGUGAUGUUUUAGCCGUCGUUAUUGUGUUGUCACUUGUAAUAAGUAAAUUUCAGAGUUUAUAGCCGAGUCCAUAUACUGUGCCACUAUGUAUUUUUGCAUUGUAUACAUGUGUAUUUUUUUAUUUAUGUGUGUAUUUAGCAACAUUUAGCUGAGCUAACGGGUUGCUACAACGCUUGUGAAUGAAUAAAAUGAGCAAUACUGAUAUUGCUGAAACUGUGA